ACACAGACUCUUACCUGAUCUUUGAGACAUCUCGGGGGUGAUGUGGAAAUACUCCAGAUUAUCAAACAGAAAGUUAUCAGGUUAGGGUGAACUCGGACUAGACCCUUCGGAGUACUUGAUGUCAGGACUUUGGUCUUGAAUCACCAUCAUCAUCGUCUUUUGAAGCAGAAGAAGUGCAGACUGGUGUCCAUGGAGUCCAAUAUUUCAGGGUCCUUCCUCUUCAACAACAGCUUGAACCAGUUCCCCUCAGACAUCAAGGCCCCGGUGUGCCAGUACUCCAUUCCCAACUCCUUCUACAAGCUCAGCCCGGCCCACAUCAGCUCUCAGCUCCAGGCCGGCACGCCGCAUGGCAUCAGCGACAUCCUGAGUCGGUCCAUGGUGGGCGGCCCGGGAACCCCUGCGCUGCUGUCCGGGUACCCCUCCAUGAGUGGCUUCGGGACAGCCGUGCCCAGUCCAGGGGUGUAUUAUAACCGGGAUUACGCCCCAUCGGGACUGAACAGUUUCUCUAAACCCGGAGUCGAAUGUUCGGGUCUGAAGGGUAAAGGCAGCAGCUGCUGGGUGGACGGAGGGUACGAGUGGAGAGGAGCCAGACAACAGUGUCCCAACAACGGCGGGCAUCACACUGAGACUGUGGGGAAGAAGAAGCACACCAGACCCACGUUCAGUGGACACCAGAUCUUCGCUCUGGAGAAAACCUUCGAGCAGACCAAGUACCUGGCAGGACCAGAGAGAGCCAGACUGGCAUACUCACUCGGCAUGACCGAGUCACAAGUUAAAGUGUGGUUCCAGAACCGGCGCACAAAGUGGCGGAAGAAGAGCGCGACCGAGCCCAGCUCCACACAGGCCUCGCGCGGGGAGAGCGGAGGAGACGGCUCGGAAAACGAGGUGGAGGACGAGGAGUACAACAAACCGCUGGACCCCGACACGGACGACGAGAAGAUCCGACAGCUGCUGCGCAAACACCGCAGAGCUUUCUCCGUCCUGCGCCUGGGACCGCAUCACAUCUGAGGAGAGCUCGCGCUCAAUCACGAGCGACACACGCGCUACAUAAACAGACGAGAGGCCUCGAACUACACACACAGUAAUAUAGAGGCGAACCGAUCUCGGUAACACUUUCUAUGAAGUCGAUUUCACGUUUCCACCAUUUUUGCAUAGGAAGAAGAUGCAGAAAGGAUGACAAAAGUUAACCAUGCCAUUAAAAAGCCCACUGGUGUUUUACUAGUACAAAUGUAAAC